AGGCAGGCGUCCCAGUGCGGCUUGCAUGGCUGCUAAGCGGCUGCAGCCCCAGCCAUGCUCCCUUCCGCCCGGCCCGGCUGGCUUUGCUGUUUGCUGUGCCUUUGCUCGGCCGUUCGCAGUUUACGCAUCCAGCAGUACCUCUAUUUCCAAGUGCUGAGCCCCGGAGACAUCCGCUACAUCUUCACCGCCACGCCGGCCCGAGAUUUUGGGGGGGUGUUUACUACAAGAUACGAGCAGAUCUACUUGGUGCCCGCGGAUCCCCCUGAAGCUUGUGGGGUGUUGAACAAUGGCGUUUUCGUGGAAGGUCAGAUUGCCUUGGUGGAGCGUGGGGGCUGCUCGUUCUUGUCCAAAGCCCGCACCGUCCAAGAGCACGGGGGCCGUGCGGUGAUCAUCGCUGACAACGCCUACGACAAUGACAGUUCUUAUGUGGAGAUGAUCCAAGACAGCACCAGCAGGACGGCGGACAUCCCCGCCCUCUUCCUUCUUGGGAGAGACGGGUACAUGAUUCGGCGUUCCUUGGAGCAGCAUGGACUCCCGUGGGCCGUCAUUUCCAUUCCGGUCAAUGUCACCAGCAUCCCAACUUACGAACUCAUGCAACCUCCGUGGACCUUCUGGUAGCAAUGGAAAGAUCUCGUCUGGACGAACUUGGGACCAAAGGAACCAGUCAAGACUCAACUGUACAGGUCAGCAGCAAGUGGGCUUCCACCUUCCACCGUCUUCCAGUGGCUGCUCUCCAAGCAUCUGGAGCCAUAUUUCUUAUACUUAAUAAGGGGCUGCCCGCCAUCAGUCAAACCAACGGACCACGUUGUCUGACCAACAGAAGCUCUUCAGCUUUUUAGAUCUGUUACUUUAUCUUGGAUCACCGUGUCCUUUACCGUGUCCCAGAGAUCAUGUUUGCAGAGCUUGGAGGCUCCGUCUGGAAUAUCUGAACUCCAGAGGAGAAUAUAUUUGGUGGGAAAGUGGCUGUACCAGCCAGAGGUCUGUUUUGAGGAAGAUCACACUGCCUUGAACCCUGAAAUAGGACAAUACCCAACGAGUCGUUUUAAAGCAAAAGAAGCCAGCCUUUCUUGGUUGCCGUUCAGCCCAAUGCUUGAUAUUGCAGUCCCCAAGUAGGCAAAGCAACCUCAAGAGACGGCUAUAAAGACUGGCAUUCCUGAUCAGCGUUUCGCCCCUUCCAAUGAAUUACGGCACACGCAGCUUUGGGAAAGUGCUGCACGUGUCAUUUCUUUUGUUGGAGAUACUAUCCUAACCCAUCGGAGACCCCAUUCCUUGCAGGUGUCUGUGCAUAUUUGUGCUUUUUUGACAACGGCUUUUGCCCUUUGCUUUUAUUCGUGUAUUUUUAGUGUACACGCUGCAGUCUGCGCCACUAAGGAUAACCCUGUUAAUCACACCUCCUUUCCUCACCAAUAGCAGGCUCCUCCUUUUGAACAAACGCUAGCUGGUGUAUCCCCUUUCCUAGCUGGGCAAUACUGAAAGGGGGGGGCUCGUGCAGGGUGGAUUGAGCUGCUGGAUCCCCCCCUUUACAACAGGCCCCCUCCCCCUCCCUUUAUAAUAUUUAAAUGAAGUUUAUUAAAAGUUUUACUUCUUG